AUGGCCGACCUCUCGAGAGAAGACCUGCCGACUUCGCAUAGCCCCCACCUCGUCAUCCGGCACCCUACCGAAGAAGAGUGCACGACAAUCUCCACGAAUACAUCCACCGAAUGGAAAGACUCGCUUCCACUUGCGAAAUACUUAGAAGAAGGACAAUUCCUCGCUACGGUUCCUUUAGCCCAGGAUGGAGGCAUGACAGCAUGGAUCUUGGUUCACAAAGAUCAAGCUCCCAACGAACGUCAAAUCUUGUGUUCUUGCGAGGGCUUCUGCAAGCGAUCACUCACGAGCGAUACCAGCGGUACUAUCAGCGAGAACAUUGUGCAUGGCGUGGCCAGCGUCUUCUCCCCGAGCGAGUACCGCGGCCGAGGGUAUGCGGCGCGCAUGAUGCGUGAAUUGGCGAGGACCUUGCAUACGUGGCAAGCAGAAGGAUAUCCAUGUGUAGGAAGCACGCUGUAUUCCGACAUUGGGAAAGAAUUCUAUGCGAAACUAGGCUGGCUCCCAAACUCCACCAAUUCGCACAUCGAGCUGCAACCCUGCGCCAUCGCGUGGCCUUCGCCGACUACACCAGUUAUCGAGGAAGAGAUAAGAAAUCUGUGCAAGCGGGACGAAGACUUGGCUCGGUCCCGCAUGGCAAUACCCACGCAAGAGGCGAAAACUCGUUUUACGAUCAUCCCAGAUCUUGACCAUAUGCUCUGGCACACAUCCAAAGAGGUGUUUGCGACGAAACACCUCUUUGACCGGAUACCCAAUGCGAAAGGAGCGAUAGCUGGCCCGCCCGGCAGCCAAGUCUGGGCACUUUGGACGCAUCGAUACUACAGUCAUCCUGACGCAAGUACGUCACGCAACGUGCUAUACAUACUUCGGCUAGUGAUGGAGGUCGAUGAGACUGCAACAAGGCUAUCUUCCGAUGCAGCAAAACUGCCUGAGCCUGCCAUGUACGAGCAGCAGGCAGUAUACCUUCGGGUGGUUUUGCAGGCAGCCCAGGCCGAAGCCAAAGAAUGGAAACUCGAUGUCGUCAAGCUUUGGGAUCCUACACCCUUGGCUCUAGACAUACUUGCUCAAAGUGGUCUAGAUUUCGAGGUUGUAGAACGGAAGAACGACAGUAUUGCUAGCCUUCUUUGGUACGAUGCAGAUGGUGGUGUCAGUGACGAGAGGCCAUUGUGGCUGAACAACGAGCACUACGCGUGGCAAUAG